GGAUAGUCACAGUUGUGAAGUGCCAGCGCUUCCAGUGACAUUCGUUCUCCUAGUUUCCUUUUGGGUUUCAGCAGUAACACUCCAAUUCUUCCAUCAACAAUGGCUGACAAGAAGAAUCUCCUCCUGCUCUUCGACCAUCCCACCGAGCCUGUGUUCAUGGACAAGGGCAAGCAGGUGACGGUCUUCGAUGUGCCGGACUCCUUCCUCACCGAUCGCUAUCGCCCGAUCAGCAACGAGGUGCAGAGCCGCGUCGGCGAGAAGGUGGAGCAGCGCAUCCCAGUGAGGGAUAUCUCCAUUCCGGAUCUCAGGAUCCCCAUGUCCCUGGGCCGCGAUGAGUCGUUCUCGCUCUUCCUGCCGAAGCACCGCAGGAUCGCCGGUCGCCUGAUCGACAUCUUCAUGAACAUGCGCUCCGUGGACGAUCUCCAGAGUGUGGCUGUCUACGCCAGGGACCGCCUCAAUCCGGUGCUCUUCAACUACGCCUUGUCGGUUGCCCUUCUCCAUCGACCGGACACGCAGGGCUUGGAUCUGCCCUCCUUCUCGCAGACCUUCCCCGAUCGCUUCAUCGACUCGCAGGUGAUCCGCCAGAUGCGGGAGGAGUCCUUUGUGGUGCAGCCCGGCUCCCGGAUGCCCAUCACCAUUCCGCGGGACUACACCGCCUCCGACUUGGAUCCCGAGCACAGGCUGUGGUACUUCCGCGAGGACUUGGGCGUCAACCUGCACCACUGGCACUGGCAUCUGGUCUAUCCCUUCGAGGCCACCGACCGCAGCAUCGUGAACAAGGACCGACGAGGAGAGCUCUUCUACUACAUGCACCAGCAGGUGAUCGCCCGCUACAACGCCGAGCGGUUCAGCAACAACCUGGCCAGGGUGCUGCCCUUCAACAACCUCAGGGAGCCCAUCGCCGAGGGCUACUUCCCCAAGAUGGACUCCCUGGUGGCCAGCCGUGCCUGGCCGCCGCGCUUCGAGAACACCAAGUUGAACGAUCUCAACCGGGAGGCCGACCAGCUGAACGUGGAGAUCGGCGACCUGGAGCGCUGGCGCGAUCGCAUCUACGAGGCCAUCCACCAGGGAUUCGUCCUGGAUGAGCGUGGCAACCGAGUGCCUUUGGAUGAAGCAACUGGUAUCGAUACUCUGGGCAACAUGAUCGAGUCCUCUAUUCUGUCGCCCAACCGAACUCUGUACGGUGACCUGCACAACAACGGGCACACGUUCAUCUCGUACGCCCACGACCCGACUGGCAAGCACCUCGAGUCCUUCGGAGUGAUGGGCGAUGUGUCCACCGCGAUGCGCGACCCGGUGUUCUACAAGUGGCACUCGUACAUCGACCGCAUCUUCCAGGAGCACAAGUCCCGCCUGCCGGCCUACUCGGACACCCAGCUGAACUACUCGGGCAUCUCGAUCUCGGGCAUCGAGGUGGCGGUCAACGGCAGUCAGCCCAACCAGCUGACCACCUUCUGGCAGCAGUCGGACGUGGACAUGUCCCGCGGCUUCGACUUCCUGCCCCGCGGCAACGUCUUCGCCCGGUUCACCCAUCUGCAGCACCUGCCCUUCACCUACACCAUCAAUGUGAACAACGACAGCGGAGCCCAGCGGUUCGGCUACGUGAGGAUCUUCCUGGCCCCCAAGAACGACGAGCGCGGCCAGCCCAUGUUGAUGCGGGAGCAGCGCCUCAUGAUGAUCGAGCUGGACAAGUUCGUGGCGGCCCUGAACCCGGGACCCAACACCAUUCGUCGCCGAUCCACGGAGUCCAGCGUCACCAUUCCCUUCGAGCGAACCUACCGCAAUCUGGAUGCCAAUCGUCCGGCUGCUGGAUCUGCGGAGGAGCUGGAGUUCAACUUCUGCGGCUGCGGCUGGCCCAACAACAUGCUGAUCCCCAAGGGUCUGCCCGAGGGUCUGCCCUGCCAGCUGUUCAUCAUGGUUUCUAACUACGAGAAUGAUAGGGUUGACCAGCAAUUGGUGGGUCUGUGCAGCGAUGCUGCAUCCUAUUGCGGAGUCCGCGAUCGCCUCUAUCCCGAUCGCCAGUCCAUGGGCUAUCCCUUCGACAGGUUGCCACGCAGCGGAGUCGACCGCCUGGUGAACUUCCUCACGCCGAACAUGAGCAUCGUGGACGUGACCAUUCGCCACGACAACCGCACCGUUCAGCGCCAGAACUAGGAAUGAUGAUCCGCUCCUGACCAGAUGAUGACCACCUGAUCCCAACGAUCCCAACGCCCUGACCCGAUUCGAUGGCCUCGCCCCUUCUAGAUACACAACUCUUAGCAAUCUACUGCAUCUUUAUUGAGCCGCUUAAUAAACAAGACAUCAUGGCAUUCCACGCA